AUAAACAUGUAAAUAUGGAUCACCAUGUAGAUGGUGAAAUAACGGGGUCUCUAUCUUAUGCUUUGGAAAAUUGCCUAUCAAAGUGUAAGCAUAUGUUACAAGAUGACUCCCUUGUUGAGCACUAUGAAAACCUAUACCAAAAUAACCUAUUUACAUAUAAUAAGAUACUAGCACUUAUUAAACGUUCAUUAGAAGACUGUUACACAAAUCAUAGAUGUAUAAAGAAUGCUAUAGAAAAUGAUACGGGAAUAAAGAUUGGGAUGCAUCAUGAAAAUGAAAACAUUGUUAAAAAGUCUUUAUUAACAAAAGAAAAGGUGGCACAACUAAUUUGCAAAAAAGAAACGAUGGCGCAUGAAUUACAAAAAAAUAUUCAAUGGGACGCUGAACUUGAUAGAUCACUAGAGCAAAGUUCCCAAGAAGGUAUCAGGGCUCAAACGCAACUUAAACUAGCAUGCUUUGCCAAGAACAGGAUGAAAUCAUCAGUUGAAUUAAUUGAAAAAACAAUAAAUGAUUUGGAAAAUUCUUGUGAGAAUACUCAAACCCUGGUUGUAACACGACAAGAUGAGAUUAACCACAUAAUAGAUGAAAUGAAUUGCAUAAAUCAAACGAAUAUAAAAGAAAUAGAACAUAUAAAACGCAUACACGAAGAAAUGGAUGAAGAACUGAGGCAAUUGGGAUUCCAACACCAUACAACAGUACAAAAACUGGAAGAAACUCAAGAUAUUAUAUCAAAUAUAAAGAAAUCCAAAGAAGAAGCACAAUCUGCAUUGGGAAAGAUCGAAAAUGAAAUCGAUAAUCGUGAGCAAUGUAUCUCGGAGCUGAAACAAGAAAUUGCAAGUAUUGAAAAUGAAAAAGCCAUGUUAAAAGCAGAGAUAGAAAAUAUUAAUUGUGAAAACGAGCGUCUAAAAGACGUCAAACUGGAUAUUUCUUCUGAGGUUAACAAGAUACAGGAAAAAAUAAAAUCUUAUGAAAUGGAUAUUCGAAACAAUAAAUCUAAAAUAAAGUUGCAUAAACGUGGUAUCAAAGAAUUGGAAGCAAUACUAACAUCAAAGCAUAAAGAAAUAAUAACUAUAUAUAAUACAAAAGCUGAACAAUACAGGCGAUACAAUGUGAUGCGUAUGCAACUUGAAGAUGCGAUAACGAAUUUUCAUGUAAAUACCAUGGGGUAUCUGGAAGCCUUGAAAGAAUACAAUUCCUUUACUGAAAAACAAUGCAGCAAAAUUAUCGAUCCUGAGCAUAUCAGACACUUGGAAUCCACUCUGCAAAGACAGUGGGAAAUUGUGCAUUCUAAACACUAUAGCACAACAGACGUAUUAGACAAGGCAAAAAAAGAACUGUCAUUACUUAAGGAUCAUCAUUCUAUGCUAACAAAAGAUUUGGAAAUAGCUGGAAAGAGCUGCGAAUCUUUAAGGAGAGCAAACAGUGAUCUAAAAGAGCAAAAGGACGUAAUCAUAACAAAAGAUGUUGAAAGAAGGAAUAUGAUAACCGAUUUAUUAGCAGAGCGAACUUAUAUAGAACAGAAGAUUAUUGAAUUGAAAACACAUGAAGAACAACUAGAAAGUGAAUAUAAUAAACAAAUUGAAGAAGAAACUAAAAACCAUAGAAACAAAAUGACAAGCCUAAAGAAUGAUGAUUGUAUUGAUAUGGUUGAGAUGAUGGAAGAAGAGCAAAAAAACAGUCAGAUAUUAUUAAACGCCGCUCUAGAAUCCUUAGAAAUGGAACAUACCAAAUCAAAGUCCACAAUUGAAACUCAACAUAAUGACUUGCUUAAAGAAGAAAAAGGCAAAUACGAUGCAAUACGAAAGGUUAACCACAGUGAGAUUGAGCGCUUAAAAGCUCUAAUUCGCGAAUGUAAAGCUAAAGACAAUAUCCAACCUUCCAAUACAUCGGCUUCAGCAAAUUCAUUUCGUAGGAUACUUCCAACGGACAACAACACAAACGCGAAAUCAAAUGGCAACAGCGUGCAGUUUAAGACCCCAACUUAUAUAACAGAACGUACAACUGGAAGUGAUAUGAAAUCUACGGCCAUGGAGCUGUUAAAGAAGGUGCCUCGUAGGAAGUGUAUUCGGCGGACUGCUUCGACAACUGAUAAGGUAGAAGCACCAAAAGAUGAAUUGGAUUUGUUCUGCUAACCCCAACAAUCGAACAAACACAUAC